UGGUUAAAGUUGCUAGCUAGCUGGCUAAUUAACUGGACUAACGUUAGCUGGCAAACUAAACGCGCUAACUAUUACCGCUAGCUAACUAACUACAAGCUAGUUUGGGGAAUAUGUUUCUACCUUCUUUGUAUGUUAGCUAGCUAACUAUAAACCCGUGGAUUAGCAACUAGCUAAUUUAGCUAACACCAUCAUGUUCUAGAAGACUGCGUCAUAACCAUAGCUGAUAUUUGAAAGACUGGUAUUUCUAUUCUAAAAUCGUUAGCUAGCUAGCUAUAGUAACAAUUAUCUGGCUGCUUUAUUUUUAAUUGAUACAAUCAAAUAGAUUUUAGUAUAGUUAGGUUAGCAAGCUACUAGAGUAACACCAGCGCAAAUAUGGAAAACAUCGGUUCAUGAUGUGAUCCAUACCCGAUAUACAUUUAAUUCGGCGUUGUUACCAACGCUACUUUAAUUUGCCCAUCAAAAGAACCUUGGAUAAUUUUUGAACUAACAGCUUUUGCGUCGACAGUCUUGCUUGCUUAGUUGCAGCAUAUCAACUCAGACAUCAAGUGAAGUCAAAGGGCCAGCCUCUGUAAUCUGAGCAGAAUGAGACAGAGCCCAAGAAGGCCCCUGAUCCUUAGGAGGAGGAAGCUUCCUUUUCAGCUAAAUGAACCAGCAAUUGAUGAGCCUGAUGGACUACGACACAAGGGAGCAUCCACAUCCAAACCCUCAGGUGGCCAGUGUUUUCCUGAUGGCAUCCGUAUCAUGGACCAUCCCACUAUGCCUGGCACACAAGUGGUUGUCAUCCCCAAAACUGCAGACCUUCAGAGUGUAAUUGGGGCCCUCACUGCCAAGGGGAAGGAGUGUGGCUCUCAAGGACCAAACAAAUUCAUCCUUCUAAGUGGUGGUGGCUGUAUCGAGGAUGUUGCAGAUUCUUCCUGUCAACCUAGCUAUAUGAGCGGUCGCAGUUCUGGUAGGAGUAGCAUUGCCCUUGUCACACAGCCAGAGAAGGCAACAACAAUGGACUGCCUAAAGGAUACUAAGACUUUGACUACAAUUAAACCAUUGAAUAGGGACCUUGAUUGCAGUCCUCUAGAUGACAGCCUUACUAACAUCCAGUGGCUUGGGAGGAUGAAUACAGACGGUCUUGAACCAGAUCCUGCUAAGAAAGCUGCCAACAAAGAGAAUCAUGACGCUUGCCAACAGAUUCUCCAGUCACAAAGUGAGCGAAUGGAAGCACACAGGGUUGUCAAAGACCCCUUGACAGAGAGACCACCCUACUCGUACAUGGCAAUGAUUCAGUUUGCAAUCAACAGUAAGAAGAGCAGGAGGAUGACAUUGAAAGAGAUCUACACUUGGAUUGAGGAUCACUUUCCAUAUUUCAGAAAGGUGGCCAAGCCAGGCUGGAAGAAUUCCAUCCGCCACAAUCUCUCCCUGCAUGACAUGUUCAUCCGUGAGACAACACAAGAUGGCAAGAUCUCCUACUGGACCAUCCGCCCAGAGGCCAAUCGCUGCCUUACUCUUGACCAGGUUUACAAGACUGAGUCUGAUCCAACUUCCAUCUCGUCUCGGACCAUGCAGGUCUGUGACCAACAUCAACAAAAGAGAAUUGCUCCUGAAAUCAAGAAAACAUCUGCCGGUGUCCCUGAGAGGAAGAUGAAGCCCCUUCUUCCUCGUGCAGACUCCUACCUGGUCCCCAUCCAGCUGCCUUUCACCCAGUCACUCUUCCUGUCCUCGUCCACACGGCUCCCCCUCUCUGCCCCCCAGCAGAAAUCUAGCUCCUCAGGAGGGGGCAAGAGGGUCCGUAUAGCUCCCAAGGUUACGUACAGUGAUGCCUCCACAGUGAUGCUGUAUGCUCCUCCAAUUGAGGAGAUGAAGGAGGAGCAGGUCUGUGUGCCCCUGACCUCCGUUACCCCUAGGGCCGUUCUGACCAACACUAGAAAGGAAGUCAGCAGUUCCCGUCGCAAGCAGCGCCUCGUCCUGCCUUCCAACGAGGAGCCCGUGCUCCUCUUGCCCGACAGCACCUUCUUCGACUCGGGCCUGGCCUCCGACGGCUCCGCCUUACAGGACGCUGAGCUCGACCCCCGGCCGGAGCCUGACAGCCCCUGCAGGGAGUUCUCUUUCAAGACCCCCAUCAAGAGCAGUCACCCAGCCUCCUCCACACCCAGCAAGCCACCCACUGUGCUGUUAGAGCCCUGGAGGGUGACCCCGCUGGGCAAGGAGAGAGGCGGCAUGCUGGACUUCAGCCCCAUCCGCACCCCCGGCCCCAGCUUCACCCCGCACCGCCAUGACCACACCCCCUUCAGCUUUAGUAGCACUCCCUUUAAGGACCUGCCCUUGUUCAACUCCCCUCGCGAGCUGCUCACCUCUGCACGCUCCACAUCCGCGGCUGGCCCCACCGGCACCUGCUCCCCAGGGCCAGAGCGUCUGCAGGGCUGCUCCAGAGAGCUCCAGAUCGGGGGUCCCUCCACAGCCAACCGCUCCCAUACGGAGGGCUUGGUCCUGGACACCAUGAACGACAGCCUGAGCAAGAUCUUGGUGGACAUCAGCUUCUCUGGCCUGGAGGAUGAUGAUCUGGGUAUGGGGAACAUCAGCUGGUCUCAGCUCAUCCCUGAACUCAAGUAGCCACUGCCGAGCAGAGAGCGCAACCCUUUCAAAGUUCUUUGCUAGAUGAGGAUGCCAUAGUGUCAUCAUUACCCAAGCUGCUCACAUUGUCUUCCAAUCUGUAAAUGUGGGAGUUUUCUUUCUAACUUAGAUUUUUCCUUUGUCAUUGGUUGCGUUUGUCACUACUAACCAGUCUUUUUCCUCUCCUUUUUUCUCUUGCUUGGUUGUUUCAUGCCACAAGCUUAAGUGACCAUAUUUUGAUUACAAUUCACUGUCUCCCACGAUAGUUUUGAAGGAACUUCUAGAGAACCGAAAAGUAUGCCUGAGUUGUAUGUUGAUGUAUGUAGCCUAUGUAGAAUAUGUAUGUUUAAUUUGCACAUUUUGUAAUAAGUUUUUCUCUUUAAAAUGUACAUUUAUACAUAGAUAAAUCAUCAAACUAUCCAGUGAGACCGACACUACCAUGCUAGAAUAUAAGAUGUGGUGCCUCCUCUGAAAGUGAGCAAGUCUCCAUUUGAUUGGACCUCUGAAAGGACGUAACAUGAUGUGCAGAUGAUCAAUCACCAAUGAGAGAAAGUAAUAAACAAUGACUGUCUACACCCAAAGGAGAUGCCAUUUUUGAUGAACCAAGUCAACACUUAUUCUAGUGCACUUUUGUAACUUAUUCUAGGUAUGACACAAUGUCCAAUCUGCUUUGUGAACUUUUAAAGAGUGGUAGUAGUUUCUCACUCACUAUGUAAAAGCAUAAGUAGUAUGGUGAUGUCUUCUAUUCUUGUCUUACUCCAUCUGUAGAAGGGAAAUAUAUUUGAAUUUAAAAAAUGUAUGUUUGAAUUGUCAUUGGAAGUUUUUUGGCUAGAAGAUUAAACAUUUAAUGCAUGAGUUUAUGGUUUUAUUUUGAUCAAAGGGUCAUAGUUGUUACUUUAUGGGAAAGGAAGACUGCAUCAUUUGCAUAUGACCAAUUCUGAACGAUGUAUGGCUUUUUAUAGUUAUUCUCGGUUCGUUUGUUAGCUGUGCUUGUGGUGGACACAGUCAGGUUAAAGUUUGAGGAGCAUCCUGUUUGCUAGUGUUUAAUAUCAUGGCAUGGGAUUGCUGGUAAUUUAUUUGGCUUCAUAUUUUUACAGUAUUGGUGUCUUGGAAACUAGUUAAUGUUUAAAGUGCCUUUUUUCUUUUUGGGUGGGUGGGCUGACUACAGUGAAACCCGGUGACUUUGCUGCUCCUUUUCACAUUGGUUGGGUUUAGAUGUCUUAACUUGAACUAGAUUCACACAGUCCUGGGUUUCUUGUCCCAUAUUGUAAUUGAAGGUAUGAUAAACUGGAAGGGGCAUGAACACCACAUAAUAUGCAAGAACCUUUACAUUCUGGCUCAGUAUUUAUUACAUGACUGGUACAACAGACCCCAGAACAAGGUUUGGGAAAAAUUGACAUGGGUAACUUUUGGGAUGUUUAAGAAAAGCAUGUCUGUUUUAUGAAUCCUAUGUAAAUGGAAUAAAUGAAUACGUCACAA